CUCAAAUCACACAACAACAGUUCACUUAGCGACAGAACAACGAAGCAAGGACACCAACUGUUUACCCAAUAAACAAUCCGCACCUGGGGCAUUAGCCUCAAAUAUCCACAUAGGUACUUUUAUCAUGUCUCUGGCGCAGGGCUCGCCUCGACUGCCCAGUCCACCACCUCCCGCCGAGAUUCAGAUCGGACCUAAAUCUCCAGGACUGGGUAGCACUGCAAGCCGUCAAGCACAACAGAUGGAGCAGACUAUCACCGAAGCAAAUGCGAAACGGCGCAUACAUCCGGGCACCAAGUCUGAGGACAUGGCUGCCGGGCCGCCUCUUAUUCCACUUGGCGAGCUCGACUCAGCCUUUCAACUUCAAGAACAUCUCGCAGCACUUCACUACCACCAUACCGCCUCUAAUACGACACCUAUCACUCGAGCGACUGCUUUGCAACUAGCUACGCCGCCGCCAGGCAUCGAUAGGACGCUAUGGCUCUACGAGCUUUGCCGUUUCCUCAUCGCCCAAUGUAAUAGUCUGAUAGUAGGCUUCCUCUUUGAUACGCCGCCAUGUUCAUCUAUAACAUGCCCCGAGAUGCGAGCCUCCGAAUGGCAAUUUCUAUGUGCCGUCCAUGACCAACCAAAGAGCUGCUGUGCCAUCGACUACUGCUGCCAUACCCUCGACUGGGCUGCGAACGUAGUCACCAACCCCAAGAUCUUUCCAAGCAGAUUUGUGGUGCUAUCAGAAGGGCAUGACAAGAGCUCAGUGCUAAAGAAUCUUAUCAAUGUGUUCCGUCGACUCCACAGAAUAUUCGCACAUGCGUGGUUCCAACAUAGAGGAGUGUUCUGGUCAGUCGAAGCUCAGACGGGCUUGUAUGCAUUCUUCAAGAUGGUCUGUGACAUGUAUGACCUUCUUCCUGCCGAGAACUACAAGCUCCCACCAGAAGCAGAGGGCUUGGAACCGGCUGAGAAGGAGGAUAAGAAGCCCGUAGUAACCGCUAUUGUGAAGCCGCUGCAGCCGCCACCACCGCCGCCGCCGCAGCAGCAACAACAACAACAGCAGCAGCAGCAGCAGCAGCACGAGAGCACCGAACAUGAAGAUGAUCGACAUGGUCUACACGCUCGUAGAAGUAAUACGGCUAGACAUUCGAGCAGGCCGUCAACCGGUAGUUCCGUGACGACUGUUAUUGAAGAACGAGAAGACGAGCAGGACGUUGCAAACAAACUUAAGAACAUGCACAUCUCAGGCCCCGAGAUAGCAGAAGAGGAAGAGUCCGGAGUCGAAGUACCUGUCAUUGUUGAAGGUGAAUUGCUAGAAAAUUCUUCUGGCGUCCAGGAACUUGGAGUGCCUCAACUGUCCGAGCCCCGGGAGCAACAGGGUGACGUGCAUUCUCAAGGUAUCAGGAUAGAAGUACAAGAGGAUGUGCCGGCAGAACCAGAGAUAUCUACGGAAAGCGAGGCAGUGGAGGCUGAGAGCAGCAAAGAAGUAUCCCUACUUGAAAAUGGGCAGGUGGUUGAGGAGAACGAAGCACCUGUCCCGAGCAUAGAAAAGCAGGAAGAUGCGCCAGCAGAAGAAGAGCAGCAAGCCGAGCAGCAAGCCGAGCCGAGCACUGCCGAGGAACCUGCACUGGCGACGGAAUCUACCGAGGUAGAUACGGAGAAAGAGGAGACGGAGGAGGCGAAGAAAGAAAAGUCAAAUUCAAAGAAUUUGGGCACGGACUAGGAUUUCGUAGCUGGCCUGGAGCGAUUUGAAGACGUGGACCCGGCGGCCGUAGAGGAAGUCAUCCGUCGUGCUAGACGGGCGCUCGAGCGGCUCCGUCGCCGGUGGAAUUGCACCGAUGAACCUGACGACGAGGAUUUGAACGACGAAACGGACAUGAUUAUAGGACGAACGGACGCGAUCGUCGGCAGAUUACGGCAGGUGAGGGGCGCCGACGAUGACGAAGAAUCGGGAAAUGCUGAUGAUGACCGAGAUAUGUUCUGAAUUGGCGUUGAUUGCGGCAUGUGCAUAGUUUCCGCGUCUUGGAGCUAUUGGGUGGCGAGCCUCAGGCGAAGGUUAUACGUGUAUGAACAGUGUUAAAUGAGAUAGGGGAAGGGGAGGGAAAGGACAGUUCUCCGGCACAUAAUUAAGAUGCGAGGCUGGCGGACGGGUUAAUUAUGUGUAAUGUGGUACUCUAAGCUGGUGAGAAGCUUGAGAAGCUUUCUCUAGUAGUCCUACUAAUGGUUAUGUCUUAUGCCCGAGAUUCUAAGCAAUGUUGUAAUUCUGUACCUGACUCCGUUGACUUGGCUAUCUUAGAGCUUACGUUUCGUUGAACAAGCUUCUUUGUAUUGCAUUGUUUACAACCGCAGCAGCUAUGUUGUCUGUAUUGUUGACUUCAGCAUGUAC